AGGUGUCCCGCGACCGAUUAGUUCACAACAUUAUAGUCGAUGUCAUACACUCUCUGAGUCUUGCUUGAGACACACAGUUCAGGACUUCAAGACUGGCCCUCAUCCUUAAUAUUUCUAAAAGCUGCACAUCCAGACAGCGAUUUUCCACACACGAAGACUUGGAGCGAUCACUUCCAUUGUGGAUUUCCCUCCGGAGUAUUAUUCUUUGACUCCAUUUCGUGCGAACCUCACCAUCACUUCACCGCCAAUAAUAUUUGCCAAGUUGCUUGGAGUUGCCAACUGCCGAACAAUGAACCAACGGGACUGCCGUGACUUUGUGCAAACAUCUUGUCCCGAAUGGUUUCCGCCGCGCGGGGCCGGGUAUACACUGUUCGAUGGAACUAUAUAGUCACAGCGUCGAAGUAAAACUUCCAUCAAGCUGAUUGGCAGGACAAUAUUCAUACUACGAGAAGACUGUAGACGUAAACACAGCAUCAGAGUUUGAAUUCCUCCAUGUUCUCUUCAAAUCAGCUAUUUCUUUUUGAAAGCCUGGGCUCAGAUGACUCUCUGUUGAAGUGUCGAGAACCUACUGUGAUAAAAUCGAUCACCAGGGGAGAAAUGAGACAAGUCUGCGCCGGUGCAAGCCCGCCGUGACCGGGUUGUUUUGCCCCGCCGAGCUGCGGUACACAACGUCCCUGUCCCCGGACUUAUUCACCGCCCGGCCCAUAACCAUGUCAGCCUCCCAGGGGAGGGAAUCCUCUUCAACGCCUCCACUUCCUUCCCUCCUGGCUCCGCCCCCUGCCUUUGCUGCUGGAAGUCACCAGGCUGUCGCCCCGAAAAGAUCGAAAUCCAGAAAACUCCAGCGAGGGAAGGCGGUGUCCGCGAAGUCCAAGGCUGCACUUCUCAACAUCAAAUGGGUGCCUAUUGAUCCUGCCCCGCCCUACGAAAUGACGUCACCGAGCAACUCAAACGGUUCAUACCAACCCAGUGACUAUACAUCGGAGGCGGGACAACUGAAGGACCCGUUUGCCCUGACGCUGCACUUUGUCACCGACCCGGGAGGGGGCUCCAAAACCAAGAACCUCAUCCAACCCCUCGUCAAGUGGUUCGACCCGGCCUUCAAGCUCUUCAACAUAGCCGAGCGGAGCAAAGCAAACGGCUUCCGGGGGAGUUUUGACGGCAGGAGGGACGUGUUCCCGGCCCUAUCCGUGGUGCUGUUUCUGAGCCACGGCGACGACGAUGACGCUGACGGAUCCGGGAGCAGAGUCGCCGAGGCCCGGGAGUAUCUGGCGGGCAAGCCGUGGCAGUACCACCAUCACGCUACCACGCCUAGUAGAGUGUACCUCUGCGAACCCAACAACCUGAACUUUUACACCACCGAGCAGGAGAUGCCGCUCUGGGGCGUUAGGCAGGUACAUUACGGCAAGGAGCACCUACGAUUCAUGCUGUACACCAGCCGCGAUACGUGGCAUGACAUGAUACGAUUCUAUUGCCUCUUGUUGGGCAGGGACGUGGAGUACCAAAAAGACGAUUUCUGCUACUUUGUCGUGCAUGCAGCCAGCGGGAACAUGGACGUCCAGUUAGCCCUCAAGAUCGUCCCUGACGACUGCACCUGUAGGCCCCUCAACUCUGCCUUCCUGCAAUUCAAGGUCCUAGAGAUCGGGGACCUAGUCCCCCUUCUGCCCAAUUCUUGCUCCCCUAUUAGCCCCCAGAGGUGGCAGACCACGGACCCCGACGGCAACGUCACGCUGCUCUUGCUUGGCAAGAAGAGCAUCAACAACAACCUGCCUCGCGUCAAGCCUAGGCGGCACUCCAUCGACGCCUUGCAGACCUUACUGGCUCCCAAGGCCCUCAAGCCCAGGGUCGCCGCGGCCAGGAGGAGGAUGAGCGUGGCCCCGCCGGGCCUGCCAGCUGUGGACGACGACGAUGAGGAGGAAGAUCUAUCCUGUUGAACUAUGUCUUGGUGGCGCCCUUCGGGACGUCCACAGAGGGCGCUGUAUUCAAACCACAAAGAUCGAGUACGGCCGCUUCAACAUGGCUACAGCUUGCAUACACAUACGUCUUUUGACGCGGCUGUGUAGCCACGUUCUAUAGACUGAUGUGAUAUAGCCAGUUGUAUCAAAGUAUUUCUGAAGCGGCAUUUUGUACACUCCUAGUACAGAGUGGCCAAAAAACCACCUUAUUCCCAAUUUGUAUGGUACUACUGGAUGGACACGAUGCUGUUUGAUCUUUGACGAAUCAGCUGUCAUACUUGCUCACAUAUUUCCAUGCGUUUAUGACAAUCAUGUAUAGAUAUAAACUUGUAACUCUUGUCAAUAAUCUGUUUAUGAAUAUUGUUAAUGGCGUACUCCAAUAAUCAAGAUAGUGUUUUUAUUUAGAAUAUGAGGUUUUAAAGCGGAUAUUCGAAGAAAAUGACCAGAACUCAAGAGAUUGGUAUUCGUGUAUUAAAUUACGCCGAACAUUUAAAUUUGUGAUUAUAAAAAAGGCUGCAAAUGGUUGUUCAUGUAAUUGGCGCGUAAACAGAUUUGUUUCCUUUUGUUUACGGCACCAUUUUAUCAUGCAUCCAGCUUCUAGCCCAAUGUCUUUCAGAAUGUUGAUAGUGCCUAGGUCCACCCAGAGUCUACUAGAUACUAGUUAUUAGAUAUAAAUUAUAUGAAACGCAAGAGGGCGUUGUUGUAGUCUGCUUGAGGAAGUAAAUAUACCAAAUUUUACAUCAAACUGCAUUGAUAA